CACACAGACGCAAACGAGUGCGUCCGCGGCUGCGUGUGGCUGAGACAGGGCCGAGUGCGUAUGUGACUGCGUGUGUGUUGGCGGGUGUGAAGGAGGCUGGGCUCAGCGGCUGCCCUGGCACCGGCACGGGCGUGGGCCUGGCUCACAUGGAUGGAAGUCGGAAGAGGAGGAGGAGAGCGAGCCACGGCCGCCCUGCUCGCUGCGCCCCACCAUGGCAAACUUCACACCAGGCAACGGCAGCUCAGGCAACCAGUCUGUGCGCUUGGUCUCUGCAGCCCACAGCCGCUACGAGACCGUGGAGAUGGUGUUCAUCGCCACAGUGACGGGCUCGCUGAGCCUGGUGACUGUCGUAGGCAACAUCCUGGUGAUGCUGUCCAUCAAGGUCAACAGGCAGCUGCAGACGGUCAACAACUACUUCCUGUUCAGCCUGGCCUGUGCCGACCUCAUCAUAGGUGCGUUCUCCAUGAACCUGUACACCGUGUACAUCAUCAAGGGCUACUGGCCCCUGGGCGCCGUGGUCUGUGACCUGUGGCUGGCCCUAGACUACGUGGUGAGCAACGCCUCCGUCAUGAACCUUCUCAUCAUCAGCUUCGACCGCUACUUCUGCGUCACCAAACCGCUCACCUACCCGGCGCGGCGGACCACCAAGAUGGCAGGCCUCAUGAUCGCCGCUGCCUGGGUGCUGUCCUUUGUGCUCUGGGCGCCCGCCAUCUUGUUCUGGCAGUUUGUGGUGGGCAAAAGGACAGUGCCUGACAACCAGUGCUUCAUCCAGUUUCUAUCCAACCCGGCAGUGACCUUCGGCACGGCCAUCGCGGCCUUCUACCUGCCUGUGGUCAUCAUGACGGUGCUCUACAUCCACAUCUCCCUGGCCAGCCGCAGCCGAGUCCACAAGCACCGGCCAGAAGGCCCCAAGGAGAAGAAGGCCAAGAGCCUGGCCUUCCUCAAGAGCCCCCUGGUCACACAGAGCAUCAAGAAGCCCCCGCCGGGGGCCACGGCCCGGGAGGAGCUGCGCAAUGGGAAGCUGGAGGAGGCCCCGCCCCCGGCCCUGCCGCCGCCACCACGCCCAGUGGCCGACAAGGACACCUCCAAUGAGUCCAGCUCAGGCAGUGCCACCCAGAACACCAAGGAACGCCCUGCCACCGAGCUGUCCACUACAGAGGCCACCACGCCUGCCGUGCCCCCGCCCACCCUGCAGCCCCGGACCCUCAACCCGGCAUCCAAAUGGUCCAAGAUCCAGAUAGUGACAAAGCAGACAGGCAAUGAGUGUGUGACAGCCAUAGAGAUUGUACCCGCCACACCAGCCGGCAUGCGCCCAGCGGCCAACGUCGCCCGCAAGUUUGCCAGCAUCGCUCGGAACCAGGUGCGCAAGAAGCGGCAGAUGGCAGCCCGGGAACGCAAGGUGACGCGGACCAUCUUUGCCAUCCUGCUGGCCUUCAUCCUCACGUGGACGCCCUACAAUGUCAUGGUCCUGGUGAACACCUUCUGCCAGAGCUGCAUCCCUGAGACAGUGUGGUCCAUUGGCUACUGGCUCUGCUACGUCAACAGCACCAUCAACCCCGCCUGCUAUGCGCUCUGCAAUGCCACCUUCAAAAAGACCUUCCGGCACCUGCUGCUGUGCCAAUACCGGAACAUUGGCACAGCCAGGUAGGCGGGUGCGGGCGGGCUCAGGAGGUGCUGGUGUCGCAGGCUGGGGGACCACGCCACGGAGGUCCCUUGCCAUGCUCAUGUUUGCUGAAGAGGACGGAGGCUCGGGAAUCAGCUCUGGCUGGAUUUUGAGAGUGGAUCCUGGCUCAGGCCCAGGAGGCUCAGCGCAGUGAAGUCUGGAUUGCCUGUGUCUACAGUCGCUCAGCCCCAGGAGGGUGGGGACCCUGGCCAAGGUGUGCAGCGGCCCCACAGUAGCCAACCAGCAGCAGAGCAGGAAGGAUGGAUGCGAGGAGGGCAGAAGAGGGGUCAGGCCUGGACAGGUGGAAGCGUGGGUUCCUCACUCUGCUGUGAUCGGUGCUUUCCACCUCCCUGCGCCCCGCAUGUAGGCUCAGACCCCUUCCCCCAACCCCAUGCAGGGGCACAGGUGCCCUUUGUCACAGCUGCUCAGUCAGCUUCCGAGGGGAGCACUGUGCAUGUGGGGGUGCAGGCCAGGGCCAGGCCUCUCCCACGGCUGCAGCACAGUCUCUCGCCUGCCUGGCAGCACGCAGGUAUGGUCAGGGAGGCCCAGGCCAGGGGUCCCAGCUUCACCCCUACCUCCCCUGCAGCAGAUUGAACUUGGGGAACCCUCCAGGCCUCAGCGGAAUUUCCUGCCUGGCAGAGGCUGGACUGGGAGGCCUCUGACCCAGGUCCCUUCCCUAGU